AUGCCAGACCAAGCAUCUGUAAACCGAUCUCUCAACACCGUUCGAACUGAGCUCGAAUACUUACAACAAUGUGGUGCUCUUGCCCCAGCCCAAUUUCAGUCAAUUAUGGCACAACUACCUCAAGGAAAUGGACAACCAUCCCACUAUAUAGAUCCUCGGUAUAAUCCAAACGGCGGUUUCAAUCCAAGCAAAAUCAGCCAGGAAGCACAGGAUCCAAACCAUCCUGCACAUCCUCAAAACCCCAAGCAUCAUGAAUGGGCAAAGAAAAUGGCUUCGAAAUUCGGUAAUGCUGCCAUGCUUGGCGCUGGGGCAACGUUUGGCGGGGAUUUGGUUAAUGAUAUUAUGAGAAAGUUUUAG